AUGCCUCCGCUUUACAAGAAUGGAGAUUUGGUUCUGGCCCAGCGCCUAGAUGAGCAUGCGAUCUGGGGCCGCAUCAGAGGUGUGAACUUGCAGAGAAAGCGGGGGCAUGAACACAAGUAUCUCGUCGUGGAGAAAGCCUGGAUGGAAUAUACAGUACUAAACCAAGAUGGUGUGCAAACUGUGCUUGGAUUCUGGAACGAUAAUGCGUUGGAGGAGCAUGAGGUUGCGUCUGAGGUCUAUGAGGAGAGCGAAUUGAGGCUUUGCCCGGAGCAUCCAGCUCUUGGCCAGGAUGCCGGGCAGAUUAUCUACCCUGCCUAA